AUGGGCCAAGAUUGGGCGUUCGUUAACAUCGACAGGCGCGAGAUUAUUGACCACGUUGGAAAACUUGGCGAAUUCUUUGGGGAUUGCUCAACCGCCAGACGUAUAGGAAUGCUUUUGCAUCAGAUUCCACCUCUCCCAAAGAUGCCCAGAAUUCAGCCGAGCGGAGCAGAGAGUACCAAUGUCAAGAACUUCUUUGACCGCGGCUUGCUCGCGCUGCCUAACGAGAUCCUUUACCACAUCGCAAACGAUAUUGGCCGGCCUGAAGAUUUGGUCUGUUUUGCUGCGGCGUGCCAUAGAUGUUGGGACAUAUGCUCUUCCCUUCUCGAGGCGUGUAUUAGAAGGGAUGUGUCAUGGGCGGGUUGCCGCGUCAUUUGCCUCGGAGACUACGUCGCCCGCAAUGAUCUCCCAGCAGGCAUUCUCACCGAGGUAGAACAGGCCGAGCUAGAUGCUGCUGGACAGGAUGAAUGUCAUGAAGGACAGCCCGUCUCGUUCUACGACUUUGCGCAAGCUCACUACCGGGAGAGAUCUAGCGGUGGCACCGCAGAACAGUUUCUGAAGAUCCUUAGUUGGCGAAGGCUCGUCGGAGACGCGCCAUUGGCAGCCAUUGAAAUAAUGUUCGCUUCCGUCAAGUCCACGGUCCUUCGGAAUCUCUCCAAGAAGCUCUACGUGCGUGUUGACGCCAUCAACGCGCUCAACGAAGAGCUUCCUCAGAGAGAAUGGUUCUGGUGCGACAAAUCAUAUACACUCGGCGAUGCGCUCGUAAGUCGCAUUUGCUGGUCGACCGACCCUUCCUGCUCGAUGAGCGCCCACUGUGAUGACAUCACACGAGGACCCUGGGCUGGCGACGCCUUUGACAUUACUUCUAUGGAGGACUUCCAGAAGGAGGAGAACUUUUACCAGUGGGCGGAUGCAGCAGAGGAAGUGUGCGAGGCGCUGCGUCAAUGCUGGGAUGACGAGUAAAUUUAAAGCGUGGCCAAGGGUAGUUUUAGAACCCAAUUAGAACCAGCCCUGUUUUUCUAUCCCAAAAUAUACUGAUCCUGAGACG